AUGGCGAUGCUCGCUAAAUCCACGUAUCCGGCCACUCUAGGAGGCACCACCAUGGUCGCUUCCGAUUACUCCUCCGGCCUACCAACAUCGAGGAGAAUACCGGCCAUGGCUGGCAACUCGCACGGCUUCUCGAGCCCGACAGAGUCAGAAUUCUCUGAUUCAGACGGCCCAGAUUCCGUCAAGAACUGGGACGAGGACAGAGUGUGCGACUAUCUCGCCAGCGUAAAGUGUGGGGAAUACGAAAAGCUGUUCCGCAAGAACCACAUCAAUGGCGAAAACCUGCUGGAGAUGGACAAAGAAGUGCUCAAAGAAAUGGGAAUCGACAAGGUUGGCGACCGCGUGCGCCUCUUCCUCAGCAUAAAGAAACUGCGAACAAAGGCUUAUGCCAAUCAAAAGAAGAGGAAUAGGGAUUCAUUUGCUGGACUGGAUAUCCUUCCUAUUCAGAGCCAUGGCUCUGCCAUGGCCUCCAACGCACGAUCCGCACCUCUCAACAAGCGCUACUCGAGGCAGGUCGACAUGUCUGGCGCUGGCGCCUCCGACCACGGAAGACCUAAUUCAAGACCUACUUCUCCCCAGCCAAUACCGGAAGUGCGAACACGACAGCAGUCGCAGCCACAGCAGCAGCAAUAUCCUACCGGUAGAGGCUAUGUAGCCCACGGGAGCCAGAACCCGACGUCUAAUACCUCAGGUGGCCGCCUAAUUCCUACUCACACGCGGAAUAAUUCUAGCCUGGAUGGCUCCCUCAUGGCCACUCUGCCUCAAGGUCAACACAUUAUCCGCGUCAUCUCCACCGGCGGCGUUACAAAGGUUGUCAAGAUUGCUGAAUGCAACACCUGUGAGGAUGUCAUGCGCGUUACCCUGCGCAAAUUCGGUCUUCGCGAAGAUCAUGAGCGAAACUACUGUUUCUGGGUCCUGACCGGCAUAGAUGCUGAUCCCAGUCAAUGCCGCCGCCUGGGCGAUACGGAGCUGUGGCGCAUCAUCAAAGACCAGCGGAGACCGGAGCGGAACCGCUUGAUUCUCAGAAGGGUGCCGGCUGGAGAGCCCGGCGAGGCAGAACUGCAGCGCGCUGCCGCCAUUGCCAUGGAAGAAGAGCAGCAGAAACACGCCCGAGCGCUAGAAAGCGUUGAUAAAAGGAGACUCCGUCAAUUUGGAGGACUCCGGCCGCCGAGCGAACUUAUCGCAUCGGAUCUGACAUCGUACUUCCCCGACCACGCCCGCGAGGAUAUCGACCGGACCGCCAGGCUUUCCAUGAGGAGAUCAACCCGCUUGAGCAAAAUCAAUAGCCGACUUAGCGUGGCGAGCAAUUUGAGUUUUGCUUCGAGCAUCCAGGAUGCCCCUCCCAUCCCUACCAUUGCCGACUCUUGGCUGGGUGGAAGCGCCCAUGUAGCCAAACUUCGUCUCCAGGGGCGAGCCCCAACUAUAUAUAGCAGAGAUUCGAUCGCCUCAUCGAUGCUUGGAACCCUGCAGGAGGAGGUGUCAUCACCCACGGAGCCAAACCGCAAGUCAUACGUCUCGUUUUCGGAUGCGAGCGACACCACUGGGCUCAGCGUCACCGAUCCCGAAGGCAACACGACGAGCACAAGCUACUAUGAUGCGGAUGGAUCUACUGGUUCCGGCUCCUUCCAAGAGGUUCAGCAGGCCCUCAACGAGGAUGAGGAUGAGGCUGACGAAGAGCUGGAGAGCUUCUUGGCGGGAGACUCGUGGGACGAUAACAAAUGGAUGAAGGGAGCCCUGAUUGGACAGGGAUCCUUUGGCAGCGUGUACCUCGCGCUGCACGCAGUGACUGGAGAGCUCCUGGCCGUGAAGCAAGUUGAGAUGCCAGCGCCUGGUGCAAAUAGCCAAAACGACAGCCGAAAGAAGAGCAUGAUUGAUGCCCUGAAGCGCGAGAUCAGCCUCCUCCGAGAGCUGCGCCAUCCCAACAUUGUGCAAUACUUGGGCUGCAGCUCUUCUGCCGAGCAUCUCAACAUUUUCCUCGAGUACGUUCCUGGUGGCUCGGUGCAGACCAUGCUCAAUUCGUAUGGCGCCCUCCCGGAACCCCUGGUGCGCAGCUUUGUGAGGCAGAUUUUGACAGGCCUGUCGUACCUACACAACAUGGACAUUAUUCAUCGAGACAUCAAGGGUGCCAACAUCCUGGUCGACAACAAGGGUACAAUCAAGAUUUCUGACUUUGGCAUUUCCAAGAAGCUGGAGGCGUCCAACAUCCUUAACGGAGCGGCGAACAACAAGCACCGACCGUCGCUUCAGGGAUCAGUGUUCUGGAUGGCCCCCGAGGUUGUCAAGCAAACUUCUUACACGCGCAAGGCUGACAUUUGGUCUCUGGGAUGUCUGGUGGUGGAGAUGAUGACGGGUUCGCACCCUUUCCCGGACUGCAGCCAGCUCCAAGCCAUUUUCAGGAUCGGUGGCGGGAAAGCAACUCCCACCAUACCAGAACAUGCUAGUGACGAUGCGAAGACGUUCCUGGGCCAGACCUUUGAGCUGGACCACAACCAGCGGCCAAGUGCGGACGACCUGAUGCUCAGUCCUUUCCUCGCCCAGAUUACUUAG